GGUCCGGGAGAAGGAGCGGGCAUAAGAGGCUCUGGGCUGCCGCAGCCCAAGCUCACACCUGCAGCCGGGCGCUCUGUCCUCGUCCAGUCCCAGCCAUGCCGUGGUUCUUGCUGGCCGCGCUGCUGGCCGCGCUGCUUCUGCUGCUGCUCCUGUCCCGCCGGCGAAUGCGGAGACCUGGGGAGCCCCCUCUGGAUCCAGGCCUCAUUCCCUGGCUGGGCCAUGCCUCAGAGUUUGGCAAAGAUGCAGCUGUAUUCCUCUCCAGGAUGGAGAAGAAGCACGGGGACAUUUUUACUGUGCUCGUGGCAGGAAGGUUUAUCACAGUCCUCCUGGACCCUCAUUCAUAUGAUGCAGUCGUUUGGGAGUCCAGCUCCAAGUUGGACUUCCACAAAUAUGCCAUCUUCCUCAUGGAGAAGAUUUUUGAUGUCCAGCUGGCCAACUAUGAUCCUGGUUUGGAGAAAGCCAAGAUAAAACCGACCCUGCUCCACAAGAACCUGCAAGCCCUCACCGGGGCCAUGUUUAACAACCUUUGCAACAUCCUUCUGAAGGAUGCUGGGGACAUGGGCACAGACUGGCAGGAAACAGGGCUGUUCCAGUUCUCCUAUGAUGUGAUGCUCAGAGCCGGCUACCUGACGCUGUAUGGCACUGAGGGUGAUGAUCCAGUUAGCCAGGCCCAAGAUCGGGCCCACUCUGCUGAGGUUUUCCAGAGUUUCCACCAGCUGGACCAGCUUCUGAUGAAGCUUGCCCGUAGCUCUCUGUCAGCAGAGGAGAAGAAAGAAGCCUCUCGAGUAAAAGCCCAUCUUUGGAAGCUUCUUUCCCCGAAAAACCUGGUGGGCAGGGCCCACAGAAGUGCCUGGCUGGACAGCUACCAGCAAUAUCUGGAGGAACUGGGAGCUGGGGAGGAGAUGCAGGCUAGGGCCAUGUUGCUUCAACUCUGGGCCACUCAGGGCAAUGCUGGUCCUGCUGCCUUCUGGCUCCUCUUGUUUCUCCUGAAGACUCCCCCUGCUCUUGCUGCUGUCCUUGGGGAGUUAGAAAGCACCCUCCAGAAGGAAGGGCAGGUGCCGUCCAAGAUGGCCAGUAUUCCUCAGGAAGUCCUGGAUAGCAUGCCUAUUUUUGACAGUGUAUUAAGUGAGAGCCUGAGACUGACAGCUGCCCCCUUCAUCACCCGAGAGGUGCUGGUGGACCUGGUGCUGCCCUUGGCAGAUGGACGAGAGUACAGCCUCCGGCAAGGUGACCGCCUCCUCCUCUUCCCCUUCCUCAGGCCUCAGAGGGACCCAGAAAUCUACGAGGACCCAGAGGAGUUCAAGUACAACCGAUUCCUGAACCAGGAUGGGAGUGAGAAGCGAGAUUUCUACAAGGGCGGGAAGAGGCUCAAGAAUUACAACCUGCCUUGGGGAGCUGGGACUAACAUGUGUCUGGGAAGGAGUCAUGCAAUCAACAGCAUAAAGCAGUUUGUUAUUAUUUUGAUGAUGCAGUUUGACCUGAAAUUGAAAAAUCCCGAGGAAAAGAUCCCCAGCUUUGACCGCAGUAGGUACGGGUUUGGACUGAUGCAGCCAGAGCACGAUAUCACCAUUUGCUAUAGACUCAAGCCCAGAGAGACACCGGGCUCCACAGGGCUUUCCUUUCCAGCCCCUGGGAGAAUUACAGAAGCCUGAAAAGCUAAUGAUGAGAACAUACUCAUUGGAACUCUCAUCUCUCUUCCUUUUCUCUGCCCAAUCCCUUCCUUUCUUCCUCCAAGAACCUUCCUAUUGAAAAAAAGAUUCUAUUUCUGGUAUCAUGGGAUUCAUCUGCCCUUCCAGGACAGGGCAAAGAAUACUUCCUCUUCUGGUUUAGAAGUUUUGCCAAAUCAUAUCAGCUUCCUGGGAGCUUCUUCCUAGAACCAAUACGGAGGACCUUGAGCUUGGCCCCACGCUUCCUCCUUUCUUUGUUGUCCGUCUGUUGCUAGCAUUCUCUUCUAUAGGGGCAGAGGAUGGAGCUCAGUCAGCAAGGAUCCUAUCUGUACCUCUAAGCCACCUCUAUGACAUGUAUCACUGCUUUAAUACAGGCUGUCUGGACUUUGGAACAAAGAUAAGCUGGUUGUGGACCCACACUACGCUCCAGGGAGCAUAGACCUACCACAUUAGUUGAUUGCCUGCCUAUCUCAAAGAGUUGGCAGCUUAGGGCCACACAUAACCCAAAGGGGAAUGUAGAACUUCAGACUUACCUGGGCCAUUCAUGACUUUUUUCCCUGUCACUACAAAACGAGUAGCCGAAUAUCAACUGAUUUGAUGACAUACACCAAAGCUAUUUAUAGCAAUGACUCCCUCCCAGUCCCCAAUACUCUACUCCUUUCUGAAGUGCAAGUGGAGAAUCCAUCAUCCAUGUAAAGCUAUUCCUAACACUUCCCAAACUUUCCAACUCCCUAACCCCUGCCUGGGAGGGCCUAGCCCUAGCCCCUCCCUGAUUUUCUUGGUUUCUGAAAAGCCUUGCCUGCCCAGAUUAGAAAACCAGCAAUCCAAAUUCCAAAUUGCCUUUCAUGUUCUCUAGCUAGCACUGUCUCUUGGUGUACAAUUCUAGGACCUACUCACUUGGGUGCUAGACCUUGACUUGCUUGGUAGCUGUCCUCUCUGCCAAAAGUUUGCCUGCAUUGAAUUCAUGGGCAACAGAAUUCCCUUUCAGUCCAGGGACCAACACAACUACUUGUUAUUCUGCUCUGGUUCUUCAAAGAACAUGGUGACUCACAUCCUAGAACAUAAACGCCAAAUUGGGGUAUGCUGCACCAAUUCCUUCUGUCAAAUAAUCCUCACCCAGUUCUGCAUGCCCCAUGCAUUGGGGUUCCUUGUGUCCCUCGCUCAGGCAUUGUUUAUUUUUUAACCAAAACAAGCUAGGAAGAACUCAGAAAGUUCUCAAUUCAGAUAAGUGACAUAAGAUCCAAUCUAGUGAGUAGACCACCAUCAUGAUUCUUCCAUACUCACAUCUAUACAUAGUGGGUGAGAGAUUCCUAAAUACUAUGCAGCUCGGGGUGGGGCUCUGUCCAAAACUGGGACUGAUCUGUUUGGCACUGCCUGCGGUACUCACUGAAUCUAUUCUUCUCCUUAGUCACUCAUGUCAUCCAAGGCUCGCAGAGACUCACUCAAAAUGAAUAACUUCUUUGGUGCCAAUAUGUGCAGUAUGCUCACUCUCCACUCUCACUUCCAAUGGACACACCUCCCCACAAACCCCUAAGUAUUCAACAUAAAUACUCUCAGCCUUGGAAACUCUUUAAGUUUCUUCUAACCCUAUUCUAGCCUUCUAGCCAUUGUCCUUUUUAAAAAAUUGAUUGUUAUCGAUAUCACUUUUUUACAUUGCCCUGGGUUUUCCCUCCUUCUAGAAAGCCAGCCCUCAUAACAAAGAAUUUUUUUAAAGAGGAAAAAGAGAAAAAAAUCAACAAAACCAAUCACUGCAUUUUAAAAAAUCUGACAUUACAUGCAAUGUUCUACAGCUCUGGACCCUGCCAUGUCUAUAUGGGAGAGGGAGGAGGUGUUUUCUCACAUCUCCACUUGGAGGCUAUGCUUGUUCCUUAUAAUUUUGUGACAUUCCCUUUGGAUUGUUUCCUGAUUGUUGUUCUUUCCAUCAAAUUGUUGUGGUUGUGCAUAUUGUUUCUGGCUAUCCUUACUUCACUGUGCAUCAGUUCAUGUAAGUCUUUCCAUGCUUUUUUGGAUUCUGUGAUCUUUCUUUUAUCAUAUUCAGUACUUUCCAACCAGUCCAAGACUGGCACCAAUUCUGAUCCUGAGGCUAUCUUCCGAUACCCUUGAAUAGGCUUGUGGAAUAAUUGACGUCUCCAGAUAGCAGGCUGCCCCAGCAGCCUUGGGUGCACAGCUGUGCCUCCUCUCCUGGCAUCCUCAUAUUCUGACACAUUCAUCAGCUUUCAAGCUCGGGGCUCCCUGUCAGCCCAUCACAUCACCUCCUGAUCACUGCUGGCCCAUUCACAUUCCUACAUUAUCAUUAAGUAAUCACUUUUUCCACUUCCCAAGAAGGGACGGAAUGAGAAGGAAGAAAAGCUGCACAAGAUAAUAUUACACCUUUCAGAAAAAAAUUCCUCUUGACAUUAAGUUCACAAAUGACAAUUCCUCUCAUUACAAGAGGUAAUGACCUUUUAAGCUCCAGGUGUUCCUAGUAGAACUGAGGGACAGGAGGUAAAUAGGUGACCUGGCAAGUUAGAGAUACAGCCAAGGGAGAAGAAAAAGGAAUAGAUGAAAGAGAAGUGUGUAUGGUUGAGAAUUAUAUUAUUAUGGUAGAUAACUCUCAGUUGCUGGCUUGGAUGGAGGCGCUAGAUGAACUAGCAUCAAUUCAUUAGCACUUAUUAAGUGCUUACUAUGUGCCAAGCACUUGCUACCUGCUAAGAAUAUACAUGAAAG